CCCUUUCCCCCUCCAACCUUCCUCCCCUAUUUCCGAGCAGUUUUCCGGCCAUGAUGUCCACUUUUCCUGCCAUGCUGCCCUCCGAUGGCUUGUUCACAAUCCCAUUUCCGCCUUUCGAAAGUGGAUUCACUCCAUGGGAUUGCGAAGAACCCUCUUUCGACUUUUUACAACAACAAGAACCAGCUGUUUUCCCAAAUCAAAAACAAGAACCGGUAAUAUCCAAUUCCGGUUCAGACAACUCAAACCCAUCUCCUCUUAGUCCAAAUUAUGAUUCAUAUGAACCCAACAGGAAUAAAGAAAAGUCAAGCUCCGGUUCGGAUGAACCUAACCCGGCGGUCCCUGUAAUUGACGAGCGAAAACGGAGACGGAUGAUAUCGAACCGAGAAUCAGCGAGGCGGUCCCGCAUGAGGAAACAAAAGCACCUGGAGAACUUGCGGACCCAAGUGAACCGGCAUAAGAUUGGGAACCGGGAACUUAUGAACCGGGUGCGUUUGAUUACGCAUCAUUGCCAACUCGUACAAAACGAAAACGUCCGGCUCCGGUCCGAGGCGGUUAUGCUCCGGCAGAAACUGUGGGACAUGCGUCAAGUCUUGCUUGUUCGGCAGCUUCAGCAGCAGUUAUCUUCCUCUGCAUGGCCAUGCAAUAAUAGCUUCACGCCCAUCAAUGAACAAACCCCACAAUCAUUAAUUACAUAACUCGAUCACAAUAAGCAGCUCAUUAAGCGUUAUAAUAUCCAUGAACCAAAGAGAACUCUCUCUCUCUCUCUCUCUCUCUCUCUCUCUCUCU